CAGGCUGGGUUGGAGGCAAGGACUUUUCAUCUUUGGGGAGCUCUCACCACAUCCCUCUGAAGGAGAUUCUCAGGUUGCUGCUCCUGGUGCGUCUGUGCCAUGGGAAGCAGCUGCUUGCUCCUGCUCUCAGGUCUCGGUGUCUUGCUGGCUGUGUCAGGACCAGAAGCCAAGAAUUCUGGAGCUUUCUGUCCUCAGUGCCCCGAGCAUGCCUUAUGCCACAACAGCACCCACUGUACUUGUGAAGAUGGAUUCCGGUCCACAUCUGGGAGGAAAUAUUUUUUCACCUCCCACGAGACAUGUGAAGAGAACAGUAGUCAAAGGAAACAGUCACCAGUGAACAUGCAGGAAAAUCUAAGGAAGACUAGAAGCAGAAGGGACAUUGCAAGAAAAGGUACCCAGUUACUGCAGAUAGUGGAAUUGGGUGUCUCAACUGUGAGUUCUGCUUCUACACCAUCACAUGAACGUUUUUUGUUUCAUAUAGAUAUUGAUGAGUGUGAGAUGGAGAAGGCAACGUGCAAGUAUAUAACAUCAUGUAAAUUCAAUGUUGGGAUAUAUUAUUGCUCUUGUGUGUUAAAAUAUCCUUUCUCCAACUGGGAGACUGAUUUGAUUGAUAUCGACCACCCAGACUGUUAUGAGAACAGUAAUGAAAAGACAGAGUCACAGGGGAAUACUCAGAAAAAUCUGAGGAAGACUAGAAGCAGAAGGGGCUUUGCAAGAAGGGAUACCCAACUACUCCAGAAAGAGGAAUUGGAUGGAAGUUCUGCUUCUCCAAGAAAGGGUAGAAGUAGUUCCUUUAAUAUAGAGAACCAUGGUGAGAAGACACAGUCACAAGGGAAUAUUUGGGGUAAUGUGAAGAAGACUACAAGCAGAAGAAGCUUUGCAAAAAAGGCUACCCAAGCUUUCCAGAGUGUGGAAUUGAGUAUUUGGAAUUCGAGUUAUUCUUCUCCAGGAAAAGGUCAAAAUUCUGAGUUUGGUAUAGUCUAUGAAACCAAGAGGUGCAGUGAGACAGGUGAGAAGACUCUUCUGGAAGCUGGAAACAACACAAUGGAUAUCAACUGUGCUUAUGUUUUCAAAGGAGCCACAACAGAUAGAAGUACAGUUGCCCUCAUCGCUUAUCAAUCUGUUGGAGAUAUGCCGAAUGGUUCCUUUUUUAAUGACAGAAGAGGAUUGCGGGAAGUAAAACUAAACUCUCACAUUGUGAGUGUUACCAUUGGCUUGAAGGAAAAAGUUGACCUGUCUGAACCCAUAGUCCUGACUUUUCAACAUACUCAGCCUGGAGGUGCGAGAACAAAAUAUUUCUGUGUCUACUGGGAAGAAUCGCAGGAAGAGGGGGGCAGCUGGUCCACGGAGGGCUGCUCUCACGUGUACAGCAACGAUUCUCACACCAAAUGCAAGUGCUACCACCUGUCCAGCUUUGCUGUCCUUGUGGCUCUUACCCCCAAGGAGGAUCCUGCCCUGACUGUGAUCACCCACAUGGGGCUCAUCAUCUCCCUGCUGUGCCUCUUCCUGGCCAUCCUCACCUUCCUCCUGUGCCGGCCCAUCCAGAACACCAGCACCACCCUCCACCUGCAGCUCUCCCUCUGCCUCUUCCUGGCCCACCUCCUUUUCCUCACAGGCAUCAACAGAACUGAGCCUGAGGUGCUCUGCUCCGUCGUUGCAGGGCUGCUGCACUACCUCUACCUGGCCGCCUUCACCUGGAUGUUCCUCGAAGGGCUGUACCUCUUCCUCACCGUCAGGAACCUCAAGGUGGCCAACUACACCAGCUCAGGCCAAUUCAAGAAGAGGUUCAUGUACCCUAUAGGCUAUGGGAUCCCGGCUGUAAUUGUCGCUGUGUCUGCAAUAGUUGGACACAAAAAUUAUGGAACAUAUACUCACUGCUGGCUCAAGCUUGAGAAAGGGUUCAUUUGGAGCUUCAUGGGGCCCGUGGGAGUCAUUAUCUUGAUAAACCUGGUGUUCUACUUCCAAAUUCUAUGGAUUUUGAGAAGCAAACUUUCCUCCCUCAAUAAAGAAGUUUCCACCAUUCAGGACACCAGAGUCAUGACGUUUAAAGCCAUUGCUCAGCUAUUUGUGCUGGGAUGUUCUUGGGGCCUUGGUUUUUUCAUGGUUAAAGAAGUAGGGGAGACGGUUGGCUCGGUCAUUGCCUACUUAUUCACCAUCAUCAACGUCCUGCAGGGGGUGUUGCUCUUUGUGGUCCACUGUCUCCUGAAUCGCCAGGUGCGAAUGGAAUACAAGAAGUGGUUUAGUGGCUUGCGGAAAGGGGUAGAAACUGAAAGCAUUGAGAUGUCUCGCUCUACCACCCACACCAAAGAGGAAGGACUAGAGAAGUCAUCAGAAGUCUCUCCUAGAAGAGACACCACAUGGACCCCACCACAGCCUCUAACUCAUCUUGUUUCUGCUUCUUGGCUAAGGAAGGAGAACUGA